CUCACUUGCCUUAUUCAAUUGAAGAGAUAUGAGUCGAGGUGGUUGGGCGUUGACAUAUGCAUUGGCUUGCGUGCGAUAUGGCAGCCAAUAAGCAUAUCUGACCAUUGACUGUUUACAGCAGUUUCAGGUUAUAAAUCUCCCUUCCCAUUGCUGGAGCCUCGUUUUCUUUCUCCUUCCCUUCCAGUGCACUUUGAUAAUUCAGCUGGACAGAGACAGCUCUCCUUUCAUUUCAAGUACUCUGUCCCUGUAGUGUAUUCCGUUCGUUAUUUGUGUCAGUCUUUCAUUUCUGGUGGUAUCAAUAGCGACAUUCUUUUCACCAUGACCAUCUUGCACCAAUUUCUCUCUCUUGCUGCUGUGGCGGCUUCGCUCGGGGUCGUCCAAGCUAAGCUUGAUAUUACCUCUCCGAGCAACGUUGCUGUUUAUUGGGGCCAAAAUUCAUAUGGCAAGGGCACCGGGGAUCUGGCACAGCAACCGCUUGCUUACUACUGUCAGAACACCGACAUUGAUGUGAUCCCAAUGGCCUUCCUUACCAUGAUUAAUGGCGUUGGAGGAGCACCGGAGGUCGACUUCGCCAAUGCGGGUGACAAUUGCACUAUCUUCGAGGGAACCAACCUGAAGAAUUGUCCUCAGAUUGCAGAGGAUAUCAAGACAUGCCAGAGCCUGGGGAAAACGAUUCUCUUAUCCAUUGGUGGUGCUACUUACAGUGAGGGCGGUUUUAGUUCCGAGUCUGCUGCCAUUGCCGGUGCCAAUCUCAUCUGGGAAACCUUUGGCGCUCCCAGCUCCAAUUCCUCCGUUCCCCGUCCAUUCGGCGAUUCUGUGGUUGACGGCUUUGACUUUGACUUUGAAGCCACUGUCAACAACAUGGUUCCAUUCGGCAAGCAGCUCCGCAGCUUGAUGGAUGCAGACACUUCUAAGCAGUACUACCUGUCGUCUGCGCCACAGUGCCCCUUCCCUGACGCGUAUGACAAGGAUGUUCUCAACAACGUCCCGCUUGAUGUCGUCUGGGUUCAGUUCUACAACAAUUACUGCGGAGUCAACUCCUACGUCUCUGGCGCAACUACUCAGAACAACUUCAACUUUGACACCUGGGACAACUGGGCGAAAACCUCGGCCCCCAAUAAGAAUGUGAAGAUCAUGCUCGGCGUGCCUGCCAACACUGGCGCCGGUGGCGGCUACGAGCCUGUUUCGACUCUGGCACCCGUCGUCUCCUACUCCAAGACUUUCUCCAGCUUCGGUGGUGUCAUGAUGUGGGAUGCCAGCCAGGCCUACGCAAACACCGGGUUCAUCAGCGGCGUGAGGUCGAGCCUAAGCUCCACGUCUUCUCGUCUCAGACGCCGCAGUCGUGUUUUCCGGUCAUGAUCAUGCAAAGUUGAUCAAGGUUCGAUUAAUUCUCUUCAAUUCGCUCGUUUCGGCGCUAUUCGGCCAACUAUACAACAUUCUUUUACAUCUUAACCCUCGAUACCUUUCUCAUGACACUUUCUUUUGAAAUCGGAGCUAAUCACCUCUCGCUCCCCGACGAUCGUUUCGCUGUCCAUAUCACUGAUGAUAUGUUGCACAUGCCGCAUAUCGGUUCAUGUCUCUGGUUGAGCGCGCCUGUAAAUACUAGCAGCAGCAGCAUCUUUGCCAGCUAGACCUAAUCUUAGUGCAAUAAUACCCAAAUUGACAACCAAUGUUCCAAUUUACCUCUGAAUAUCAAAAUGGAAUCUCUAGUCCCAAGGCUGAAGUGUAAGGUUGCAACACCAGAUAUAUAUAUGCUACCAAGGCUUUUCAAAACAAUGACAAUAACCAGAUAAAAUUAAAUGAUUUUCAU